AUGCGUGACGGGAUUAUUCUAAUGCCCCAGCCAUCUGAUGAUCCCACCGAUCCACUGAACUGGUCCUGGUUCCGCAAGCAUGCCGCCAUGUUUACAAUAUCAUACCUGGCACUCAUAUGCUACGUCGCUGUGACUACACUUGUUACAGGAACUGUCCCCGUGGCAAAGUCUCUAGGUGUGUCCAAGUCUACAGCUGUUUAUUUGGGAAACACACCUGUUGCACUCUAUGGCGUGGCACCGUGGUUGUGGAGUCCGCUCAGUCACUUUUUGGGACGCAGACCUGUGCUUCUUGCUUGCAAUGCUAUUGCUAUGGUUGGAGCUGUUGUUGUUACGACCUCCCAAACGUAUGCAGCUUGCAUUGUCGGUCGGGUCAUUCUUGGAGCGGGUGGUUCGGCAUUCUGGACACUUGGUCCAGCCAGUAUUGGAGAUAUGUUCUUCCGGCACGAGAAGGGGAAGAAGAUUGGCAUUUCCACCUUGGCAAUUGUAGUCUCGCCUUUCCUCGGCACGAUUAUCGGCGGCCCCAUAAUAGAAGAUCCAAAUUUAGGAUGGCGAGCAUCCCAAUGGAUCCCCCUCGUGUGCAUGGGCGCGGGCUUCAUCAUGCAAAUCUUCCUCCUCCCAGAGACAAUCUACAUCCGAGAAGCAGCCAGUGCCAGUACAACCGUGACUGAAACUAAGAAACCAACCCUCUGGGACGGUUACGGCAUUCAUAUCCCCAAGCGCCGUGAAGAGAACAAGCAUAGUUUCCUGUUCAUCGCCACCCGUCCUAUUAUACUCUGCAAGUACCCGGCCGUUAUGCUAUCGGCCUUCUGGUUCGGCAUUGCCUAUAUGAUGCAUGUUGGUAUCACAGCUGUGAUCCCACUUGUGUUUGAGGCCGAUUAUAACUUCUCGGUACUGGAUGUCGGUCUCACUGGGUUCUCUGGGUUGAUUGGAGCUCUUGUCGGUGAAGUGUACGCUGGACCUGCGCUUGAUUUUAUAGUGAAGAACACCGCGAAACAAGAUCGGGAAUGGCAGCCCGAGUAUCGGCUGCAAGCGAUCUGGCCAGCACUCAUCACUGUACCUGGGGGUUUGAUCAUGUUCGGUGCAUCGCUCCAGUUUGGAAAUGCAUGGAUUACGCCGUUGGUUGGACAGGCGGUCUAUAUAUUUGGCAUUGAGGUUGCCACAACAGUCGUUCAAACAUACAUCCUUGAAUGCUAUCCUCGUCAAGGUGCAGAGGUUAACUUGGUUUUCAAUCUGAUUCGGAAUAUCUUUUCCUACACGGCUCCGUUUUUCGUCCAGCCAAUGAUUGCAAAGGUGGGGAUGACGUCGACAUUUGGAUUAUUUGCUGCUUUGACUGUGGUUUUUUUCCCUUUCACUAUUGGAGUUUUGAUGUGGCGAGGCAAGGAAAUUCGGGACAAGGGUGGGGAUCCGGGCUGGAGCAGAGGCUAG